GCGCUGCUCCGGGCCUGAUGGACCCGGUUACCGGCUCCGGUUCUCUCCGCCACAAGGAGGCGGACUGCGGGGACGGCCGGUGCGCGUGGGCGCGCUUCUCCUCGUGGUUGGAGUGCGUGUGUGUCGUGACCUUCGACCUGGAGCUCGGACAGGCCUUAGAGCUGGUGUUUCCUAAGGAUGUGAAGCUCACAGAAAAAGAGGAUGCAUUGGGGACACUCAGUUCAGCUUCCGGUUCCGUCAGUCUGUCGGUCGAAGAGGGAGGCCCGCCCACCUGCAUCAGAGGAGGCGUCCCAUUGUGUUUAUUGUUAUUCUAUUUCAGACAGGUGAAGGAUGUUUCUGUGAAGAGAGGAUACUUCCAGAAGUCCCUGGUGCUGGUCUCCAGGUUGCCGUACCCUCACCUGUUCCACUCGCUGCUGCAGAUCGUGGCUCCGGAGUUCUUUGAGAAGCUGGCGCCGUGUCUGGAAGCAGUGUGUAACGGGAUCGACCAAUGGCCUUCGCCCGCACCUGGACUCACCCUCAACCUGCCUGUGAUGGGCGUGGUCUUACAGGUUCGGAUCCCAUCCAUCACGGACCCGGCCGGAGGGAGUCCAGUCCGGCAGCAAGAGAACCUCCUGCCGGCUCCCACUGUACUGCCCACCCUCCACGAGCUGGACCUCUACAGGUGUUUCCAGUCGGUCCUGGUUCACCUGCAGAUGUUCUGGGAGCUGAUGUUGCUCGGGGAACCGGUGGUCGUCAUGGCGCCGUCUCCCACCGUCUCCUCGGAAACCGUGCUGGCUCUCGUCAGCUCCAUCAGUCCUCUGAAGUUCUGCUGCGACUUCCGUCCCUACUUCACCGUCCACGACAGCGAGUUCAGGGAGUACACCACCCGCACCCAGGCCCCGCCUAACGUGGUUCUGGGAGUCACCAAUCCGUUCUUCAUCAAGACGUUUCAGAACUGGCCUCAUGUCGUCCGACUGGGAGAAAUCAAGAUGGCGGGUGACCUCCCCAAACAGGUGAAGGUGAAGAAGCUGUCCAAGCUGAAGGCCCUGGACACAAAACCAGGGAUCUACACGGCGUUCAAGACCUUCCUCCACAAAGACAAGCUGCUUCUGAAGCGCCUGCUGAAGGGGAUCCAGAGGAAGAGGCCGUCCGAGGUGCAGAGCGCCAUCUUGAGGCGCCACCUGUUGGAGCUCACGCAGAGCUUCAUCAUCCCGCUGGAGCGCUACAUGGCGAGCCUGAUGCCGCUGCAGAGGUCGGUGACGGCGUGGAAGACUCCUCCUCAGAUCCGACCCUUCAGUCAGGACGAGUUCAUGUCCUCCCUGGACCACGCCGGGCCUCAGCUGACCUCGGUGCUCAAAGGUGAUUGGAUGGGACUGUACAGGAAACUGGAGAGUCUUCACCUGGAGGUCAUCUGUGAUGCUGACCUGGUGGGUUGGACUCGAGACAAGUCUGAGGUGGAACUCGUGGACUUGAUCCUGAAGCUGAGAGAGAAGCUGGUGAAAGCUCGUCGGCAGCGUCUGCAGCUGAAGGACGGAGUCCUGCAGCAGCUGGAGGUCUUCAUGGAGUCCGUCAGCAGCUCGCUGCCCCCAGACCUGCAGGCGCUGCUGAGCACACCGAGUACUCAGAGUACUUAGUGUGUACUCAGAGUACUCAGUGUGUACUCAGAGUACUCUGAACACUUAGUGUGUACUCUGUACUCUGAGUACUCUCAUCUUACCUUUCAUUAUAAAAUCUCCACCAAACUAAA